AUGGGCCACUUCGCUUCCCCCCUGAUCAACCCCAGGUUUGUGUUUGUGUACCUUUGCAUUACGGCAACCGUUUCCAUACUCACGAAACUCAUUGUCGGACCUAUCGUUGCCGUCUACAUCUUCAUCCAUCUCUUUAUAUCCUUCGUCCGCCUCUGCACGCCCCAUAUCUCUUGGACUCGUAGCCAAAAGGUUUCUGAUCUUACCAACAUCCAGCGUCCCUCGCAACUCAAGGGCAACACGAUGGAAAACGGAACAGGCCCCCUGCCACUUUCGGUCGGGGAUACGUAUCUCUUGAGCCCUCAAAUGAGCUCCCAGUCAAGCCCGUCAUAUCAGCUCUCACAGGAGCAGGCCGAAUAUCAGCCGAGUUACCACCUUCCGCCGACACAGUUUGCACAGCAACAGUAUUACGACCACCUGCCACCUCAGACAAUAUACCCCGAGCACAUUCAGCCUCAACAAAUGCUUCAUAUUCGGCUCUUGGAAGUACAGCUCCGGCGACAAGAAAAGCAGAACACGCACCAUAAACUACCGGCCCCCCUGUCAGGCCAACAACAAGCGCAGGCCCAAAGACCGCAGCACCACGACAGCACCUCGAGUGAUAUCAGCUCGGACGAUGCAGACGACUCCGAGCAACUCAGACGAGGCAUGCAAAAAGAACUCCAAGAGCACAUAGUGCAUAUGCAGAUCCAAAAUCCUACGCCAAUCGCCUCGCCGCUGCCUACCGCAAUGUCUCAGCCAGUCCUUUCGAAUGUACCCACGCCGACGGCCUGUGCUCCACAGCAAACGUUUGACACGCAGUAUUCCUGUCCAAUGUUCACGCAGGCACCAGCACCGACGCAUAUCCGUAUGGAAGCACCGGCUGCAGUACCUCCGCAAGCUUCUGCGCAGAUGCCGCCAACAACGACAGGUGCUCAUAUGCGAGCGUCUUCACAGUUGUCUACACAAGCUUUCGCACCAGCGAAUACACCAGUACCGCCUCCGGGCCCAGUGCAUACAAAUGCACAACAAUCACAGCAGGGAUCCACGAUAUUGACCACGCGUUGUUGUCUGAAAACGUGCACCGCGACGCACUUUCCUUUGCCAGACGUUUGGGAAGUGGACGCAAGCGGCAUGCCCAUUCAAGAUAUCGAGGCUUUUGAUUUUACGACUGUGAUCUUUGAGAAAUACGACAGCUUGUUCGACCGAUUGGGUGUUGUUGACAGGGAGAUGGCAAAGCUGGGUCACCUCCUGAAAGAACGGGUUCCCAUCUUCGAGCGAAAAUCAAACAGCACGCACGGCCAGAGCAAUAAUCAGACGGCAUCUUCUGCACACAUUUCGCCACGGCCAGCAAGUGCUCCCGCCACGGCAACAUCCAUGGAGAUGCCACCACCGCCCCUGCCAUCGCCAAGUCAACAAGGAGCGGCGCCAUCUGCAACCGCCACGGACGAGCGGGUGGGGCGACUCUUCAAAAAAGCGAGGGACACGUACCUGCGCAACGUGGAGAUUCUAGCCGCAAAGACACGCAGCAGUGCUGAGAUGAUGGAAGAAGACGAGGAUGAGCAGGCGGAGACCACCAACUCGUAUGCGUACAGGAGUUCCUUUUUGGAAAUAGACAGACGGCGCCUUGUAAAACUCUGGACGGAGAGAAUUGAGCUUCUGGACAAGCUCACCGACGUCGAGAAGGAGUUGGCGGACGCGAGAGACAAUGGGCUGAUGCCUUGGGCGAAGGCUUCUUGA